UCUUUGUUUCCAAGGGAACUCCGGAGAAGACGGCGAACUUCCGGCGUGACUUCAGCUGCUGCAGCUUCACGCUCAGAGUGAUGAGAGAGAGAGAGAGAGUGGGAGAGAGAGAUAGACAUGGAGUUCAACUGAGCAACAAAGUAACGGAUGAGCCGCGGCACUUAAAAGGCGCUGGGAACGAUUCUCCUCGGGAGCGCGCGGCUUUAUAAUUGAUCCGCGUGAAGAUGAAGCUCUUGAAGCCGAGCUGGGUCAAUCACAAUGGUAAACCAAUAUUCUCAGUUGACAUCCAUCCAGAUGGAACUAAGUUUGCUACGGGUGGCCAAGGUGAGGACUCUGGGAAAGUGGUCAUUUGGAAUAUGGCCCCGGUUCUUCGAGAGGAGGAUGAGAAGAACGAGAAUAUUCCCAAAUUGCUUUGUCAGAUGGACAAUCACUUAGCAUGUGUGAAUUGCGUGCGCUGGUCAAAUAAUGGCUUAUACCUGGCAUCAGGAGGAGACGACAAACUCGUCAUGGUGUGGAAGAGAGCCGCUUUCAUAGGUCCAAGCACAGUGUUUGGGUCCAGCAGUAAACUGGCUAAUGUGGAACAGUGGAGGUGCGUCAUGAUUCUGAGGAACCACACGGGAGAUGUUAUGGAUGUUGCCUGGUCACCUCAUGAUGUCUGGCUCGCAUCCUGCAGUGUGGAUAACACCAUCGCUAUAUGGAACGCUCGAAAAUUUCCAGAGAUCGUGAUGACUUUAAAGGGACACACAGGGCUGGUGAAAGGCCUGACGUGGGACCCUGUUGGAAAGUACAUCGCUUCCCAGGCAGAUGAUCAUAGCCUGAAGGUCUGGAGGACCAUGGACUGGCAGCUGGAGACAAACAUCACCAAACCCUUCAGUGAAUGUGGCGGCACCACACACGUCCUGAGGCUGAGCUGGUCUCCAGAUGGUCAGUACCUGGUUUCAGCUCAUGCCAUGAACAAUUCUGGGCCCACAGCUCAGAUCAUCGAACGCGACGGCUGGAAGACCAACAUGGACUUUGUGGGUCAUCGAAAAGCUGUUACUGUGGUGAAGUUCAAUCCUAAGAUCUUUAAGAAGAAACAGAAGAAUGGUAGUACACCCAAACCCAGCUGUCCGUACUGCUGCUGUGCUGUGGGUAGUAAGGACCGCUCACUCUCUGUAUGGCUCACCUCUCUCAAGCGUCCACUGGUGGUCAUCCAUGACCUCUUUGAUAAAUCCAUUAUGGAUAUUACAUGGACACUCAAUGGGCUGGGACUCCUGGUGUGCUCCAUGGAUGGCACUGUGGCUUUCUUGGAUUUCUCGCAGGAUGAACUGGGAGAUCCCUUGAAUGAAGAGGAAAAGAAUGCUAUUCAUCAGAACAUCUAUGGAAAGAGUCUGGCCAUCACGAUGGGGUCCCAGCUGUCCAGCACAAUCAUUGAGAACCCAGAAAUGCUGAAGUAUCAGCAGGAGCAGCAGAGGAACCAGAACCCCAAUGGAGCCCAGGCAAGCGGUCCUGAGAACCAGACACCCAAACUCACCAAUGUGCUCAACGGAGAGUCCCUGGAGGACAUCAGAAAGAACCUCUUAAAGAAGCAGGUGGAGACCAGAACCGCAGAUGGGAGGAGAAGAAUCACACCUCUCUGCAUCGCACAGCUCGAUACAGGGGACUUCUCACCAGCGUUGUUCAACAGCGUCCCAAUCUUGCCGGGGUCGUCUGCGUCGACUCAGCUCAUCCCUCAGAUCUCUUCGGAUUCCAGUACGGCCAACUCGCUGGGCUUGCGACCCUCACAUGACCCCACCAGCACCUCUCCCAACAAAACUGCGGAAGACAACAAGGACAGUGGAACUGCAGCUGUGAACUCGAUCGGGAUGAAAUCGAAUCUGCUGUUGACGUCUGCCUCCAAGAUCGAGCCCAUGAAAGCGCUGGAUUCGCGAUUUACCGAAAGGUCAAAGGCCACGCCAGGGGUCACUAGUGUACCCCUCACUAUAGGCAUCACCCCACUUGACAGGGUAAAAGACAGCAGCUCUGUGAAGGAGCCGAAAGGAAAAGAUGAGACCAGCAGCGACAGUGAGGACAAGAUCGUGGUGAAAUCUAUGACCAAGAGGAAGGGAGAGAUGGAGGGAGCAGAGGUGGUAGAGAAGAGGAAGAAGGGAAGGCCGAGGAAAGAUGCCAAAAUCAUGCCCAUAUCACAGCCCUUCCCACAGACUCCAGUCUCAUUGGACAAGGAGCCGUCUCGAUUAACAACACCUGUAGCGCUGUUAAAACUUCCUACCCCAUCCAUCCAGAAAUCAUUCAGCACUCAGGUGAGCACAGAUGGUGUCACGUAUCUGGAGGUGGAGAACGAGGUCUCUGUGGUGUCUGGAUCUCGUCUCAGUCAGCUCAAAUGGAGCAGAGAGGGGCGAGAGUGGGACACGCUGCUGCCCAGUCGCAUCAUCAUCGCAACCGGCAGCAGCGAUGUUGUUGCGGUAGCUUGCGAGGACCGCACACUCUCUGUGUUCACUGCGUGUGGACGGAGACUAAUUCCAUCCAUCAUGCUGCCCGCCCCCAUGUCAGCACUUCAUUGCUCGGGACACUUUGUUAUGGCGCUGACCGCAUCAGCCACGCUGUCUGUCUGGGAUGUUCAGAAACAGACGGCUUUGGUCAAAAAUGAAUCUCUGAAUCCAAUCUUAUCAGGCACAGAUGCCACAGUAAGUCAGUCUUUUUUGACUCGGCAAGGUGUAGCUGUGGUGUCGCUGUCAAAUGGAAAAACAUACUGCUUUAACUCAUCGCUGGAGACCUGGAAUUUGAUCGCAGAUAAGCAGGACUCUCUUGUACAGUGCGCAGACUUCCGCAAUUGCGUGUCCUCUCAGGAUGCUCUGGGCUCCAUGGGGCCACUGGCCCUAACACAGGGCCGUAAUCUAAGUGCGGGGCGGUUGGCAUCUCGCUUGUCAUCGAUGCCUCACCACUUGCAGCAGGGAAUGACCCUGGCCUUCCUGGAGAAGCAGCUCGCCUCUGCCCUCAUCCUCCUCUCAGCAAGCGAGUACAGGCACUGGCUUCUCAUCUAUGCACGUUUCCUCGUAAAUGAGGGUUAUGAGCUGAGGUUAAGGGAACUAUGUCAGGACUUACUAGGACCCGUUCACAAAUCCAGCAGCAGCUCCUGGGAGACGACAGUCCUGGGACUGAGAAAGAGGGAUCUGUUGACAGAGGUGCUGCCUGUGAUUGGUCAGAACUUGCGGUUCCAGAGACUCUUCACUGAGUACCAGGAUCAGCUCGAAUUGCUGCGUUUGAAAUAGCACUUCACCCCUGACCGUUUCCUGGCCUGUACAUGUGCUAACGGUCUGCCGUAGCUUUACUGACAGCACUAUCCAUAAAGCAGAAAUGGACACUAAUAAAACUGGACAAAAAUAACAAUGCUUUUUUUUUAAAUUAUUAUUAAUUUGUUGAAUACAUUUAUUAAUUAUGUUUGUAAACGUUGUGCUGGUGAUAGGAAAGAGGAAAGUAUGGGUUAACUCACAUUUUGGGAUAAUUUUGAUCAUCACAAGUUUGCAGUCAUCUUAAAACUGGACAUUUUUACUUCAGCUACAACUAAAAGUUGCUUUAAGUGGUGAUCCAACUCGCCCUCCCUCUCUUUUUCUUUCAGUUCUUAUUUGUACAGCCACUUGUCAUUUAUUUGUAAAUGUUUGUAAAAGGCAAUUUCUUUUUUCUCCGUUUUCUAUAAAAUUAAGAAAAUGGUAAACAUUCAAUUAAAAAAAGGAAUAAACAAAUUCUGUUGCUCCUUUCUUUCUCAUA